AUGUGCAAGAAUCUUGCAAGGAAGUUAAGGCUAGUCUUCGCAAUGCUUCACAGGCUAGAAGGUGUUUCGGAUCAAAGCUUUAAUCAGAAACAAGGGGGAGAAGGUGUGUAUGGUUGGUCAAGAAAAGAAGAACCCAAAGCUCCAGUUAAACCUAUUUUCAAGCAAGAACCUAAGGGCAUGGAAAAAUUGUUCAGUGAAGAGCCCAUUGUUGAUAAUAGUGAAGAUGAAGAGGAAAGAGCUGAGAAAGAGGAUCAGGCUACACUUCAAAGCAAAAAGCUUUUAUUUCCCAAGUGGAGCUUGAAGUGA